AUCCCUUCUCUUUCUCUCAUCUCCGCCUCUCCGCCCUUUCGCUCGUUGUCUAACGAACUCGCUCCGUGUCCCACAGAUCAGUCAUCAUCUCUCUUCUCUCGGCGGCUACGGUGCAUUGUAAGAACUCAGGACGAGAGGACUAUAACGAGCUUAGAUCCCUUAGCUAUGGAGGAGCUGAUGUCUUCCUCCUUGCAUCUCUCUCAUAAGUAGGCCUAGGUUUGAAAACAUCUCAAAAAAGAUCUUGUACACUAAAGUUUGGUAGUUGGCUUGCCAUAGAGGAACCUUCAUAUUUAAUAGACAAAAGAACGCUGUUCUGUAGACUGAAUUUCUUUGUGAAGAUGGAGAAUCAAGUAAUUGAGUUUGAUAUUGGCAUCAGAGGUGGAGGCGGGAGCGAAGAUGGAGAUGGGGAUGUUAUUCUAGAAAAUAUGGACGAUGCUGAAACCAUGCCUAACUGCUCUCCUGCACAUAGUAGUGAUGCUCUUAUUGUCAGUGGGAUAUACACUCCAACUGGCGACCUCGAUCUUGAACCUUUCGAGGGCAUGGAAUUUGAAUCUGAAGAGGCUGCCAAGGCAUUUUACAACUCUUAUGCACGCCGUGUUGGUUUCAGCACCCGCGUCAGCUCCUCACGCCGCUCCCGCAAGGAUGGGGCCAUCAUACAGAGAUCCUUUGUCUGUUCUAAAGAGGGAUUUCGCAAUUUGAAUGAGAAGCGCACCAAGGACCGAGAAAUCAAGCGGCCUCGCACAAUUACCCGGGUUGGAUGCAAGGCGGCCCUCUCUGUCAAGAUACAGGAUUCAGGCAAGUGGGUUGUAUCCAAUUUUGUCAAAGAACACAAUCACGAGUUGGUUCCCCCUGACCAGGUGCACUGUCUUCGCUCCCAUCGUCAAAUCUCUGGCCCUGCCAAGACCCUCAUAGACACCUUGCAGGCUGCUGGCAUGGGCCCUCGGAGGAUUAUGUCUGCCCUUAUCAAAGAGUAUGGUGGUAUUAGCAAAGUCGGCUUUACAGAAGUGGACUGCAGGAAUUACAUGAGGAAUAAUCGCCAGAAGAGCCUAGAAGGUGACACACAGCUCCUUCUGGAUUAUUUGAGGCAGAUGGAUGCUGAAAACCCUGAUUUCUUCUUUGCAGUGCAGGGUGAUGAGGAUCAGUUUACGGGUAAUGUCUUCUGGGCUGAUCACAAGGCAAGAGCUAAUUACAAUUAUUUUGGAGACACUGUUACAUUUGACACAACUUACAGGUCAAACAGAUAUAGAUUGCCAUUUGCACCGUUCACUGGAGUAAACCAUCAUGGACAGCCUGUGUUGUUUGGUUGUGCAUUCCUAAUUAAUGAAUCAGAAGCUUCAUUUAUAUGGCUUUUUAAGACCUGGCUUGCGGCUAUGUUUGGUAAUCCACCUGUCUCAAUCACAACAGACCAUGAUGAAGUGAUUAGAUCUGCCAUUAUGCAGGUAUUUCCAGAAUCUCGUCACCGUUUUUGUAAAUGGCAUAUAUUCAAGAAAUGCCAGGAGAAGUUAUCCCAUGUGUUCCUAAAGUACCCAAAUUUUGAAGCAGACUUUCAUAAGUGUGUUAACUUGACAGAGUCUACAGAGGAGUAUGAAUCCUGUUGGUUUUCUCUAGUCAGUAAGUAUGAGCUCAGAGAUCAUGAUUGGCUUCAAGCCAUCUACUCAGAUCGUAGUCAUUGGGUGCCUGUAUAUCUGCGUGACACAUUUUUUGCAGAAAUGUCCAUAACUCAGCGCAGUGAUAGCAUGAAUUCUUAUUUUGAUGGAUAUGUGAAUGCAUCAACCAAUCUAAAUCAGUUCUUCAAACUGUAUGAAAAAGCUCUAGAUAGUCGCCAUGAGAAAGAGGUUAAAGCUGAUUAUGAUACUAUGAAUACCCUUCCAGCUUUGAAGACCCCCUCCCCUAUGGAGAAACAAGCAUCGGAGGUCUACACAAGGAAGAUAUUUAUGAGAUUUCAGGAGGAGUUGGUUGGCACUCUCACUUUCAUGGCAACCAAGGUUGAGGAUGAAGGAGGAGUAACCAUAUACCAAGUUGCAAAGUUUGGUGAAGAUCAUAAAGCUUACUGCGUUAGAUUUAAUGUUCUUGAGAUGAAAGCAACAUGCAGCUGUCAGAUGUUUGAGUUCUCAGGUCUUCUUUGCAGGCAUGUAUUGGCAGUAUUCAGAGUGACAAAUGUUCUUACUCUUCCCUCUCAUUACAUUUUGAAGCGAUGGACAAGGAAUGCGAAGAGUACUGUUACACUUGAGGAACGUGUUGCUGAUGCAUUCAGUGGCUAUUUGGAAUCACAUACUGUUCGAUAUAAUAUGUUGCGGCAUGAAGCUUUUAAGUUUGUGGAAGAUGGGGCAGAAUCAGUUUCCUCUUAUGUCAUAGCAAUGGCUGCUUUAGGUGAGGCUUCAAAAAAAGUUUCUCUAGCUGCUAAACAUGAUGGGAAGAUCUCCUUGUUGAAUGGAUGGAACCAAGAUGACUCAAUCUCUGAUGGUAUCCAGGAGAAUCUGAACAUUGAGGAUCAGCAAGGAACAUUCACAAAGCUACUCUCUGAGGAUGAUGUGGACAGGAAGAUCCAUGAACUUACUUGUGAAUUAGACUGCGCCAAUAGAAGAUGUGAAGUUUACCGUGUAAACCUCCUUUCAGUUUUGAAGGAUAUAGAAGACCAUAAACAGCAAUUGUCAAUAAAGGUUCAAAAUAUAAAGAUCAGCAUGAAGGAUGAUCUCUGAAGAUUUAUAUCUUUUUGUAUAGAUUUUUUUUUAUUUUUAUUUUUUUUUAUUUUAUUUUAUUAUUAUUUUUUUUUGAGUAGGCAGGCAUUUGUAGGUAAACAUAUUUGUAGCUUCAACUUUUACAUAGAUAUCUUGAUGACUAGUUAGUAAUUGAAUCUCUUUUGUGAGGUGUAUAAAAAUGGUAAUGUGGCACCAUGCCAAGUUUUUUCUGUGGCUGGCUGGUCUCUGUAGUUGGGUGUCAAAAGAAGCAUUUUUAUAUUUUUACAAUCUAAUAACAAUUUCGGUGCAGUA